AUGACAUGGAGUGUCAAUCAUUUUGUUCCUCUUAUGUCUUCACCUGCAUAUGAUGACUCUGAUAAUAUAAGUCAUCAAUCAGUGUCAAAAGUUGUGACUCCUGAAAAAAGAACUUUCAAGAAUAAUGCUCCCAUCCAGAUACGGAUUUCUGAAUUUCAAUCUUCUCCCAGUCGACGUUUACGCAGUGAACACAAUAACGAAACUGGUUUCGCUCAAUCAGCUGCCACAGAUGCAAUGCGAGAAACACAGAAUAGCAUUCAUGAACAACGCCAAAGUACCAUUGAACAACAAAUAAAACCAAAUCAAGAGAACCUAGUAAAUGAACCAGCUGAACAUCGUCGUAUCCGAUUGGAAAAACAAAAACAGCGGGAUCAAUCGAAUAGAUCCAAUGGAACACAUGAAAAGCGUAAAAUUCGAUUGGAAAAUCAAAACCAACGGACUAAAUCGAAUAGAUUAAAUGAAACAAGUGAAGAGCGUCAAAUUCGAUUGACAAAAGUAAAAGAAAGGGCUCAAUCGAGUCGUAUGAACGAAACAGAAGAGCAACGCCAGAUUCGCCUAGAAAAACAAAGAAAGCGAUAUCAAGCAAAUAGAGCUAAAAAACUAGUUGAAAAAUCGGCAGCUAAUAAACUAAAUACACAGCAACAAAACUUUUCGGCUCACUAUGUGAUAAAACUUUAUUCACCGUUUCACUCAACUACAACUGCUCAAGCAGCACUGAAAGGCAACUGUAUUACUUUUCUUCAAAAUUUACCGAAUAUCGUUAACAGUUUACCACUGAAACUUGAUGAUUUAUGUGAUACAUUAACAGUGAUUUUUGUUGGUGCACAUCCUCCUGAACGUGUUCAUCUUAAGAAGGUCCUGACAGCCCGCAAGAAAAAGGUCACUCAAGCAAUGCAUUGGCUGAAAAAUAAUAACAUACUAUAUCAAAACGUCGAGAUAAAUAUUCAUAAUAUUAAUCAAUUACCUGACGAUGACGUACCAGAAGCCAUCAUGUUAACGAUGGAACAGAAGAUCGAUGAUGAAGAAAUUCCAUCUGAAAGAGUCGGAUAUAUUCCUGAUCUAUUAGCUGAUCCGACUGAAUCCACAAAUUCUGACACCAUUCCUAUUAGCAAUAGUUUUAUAUUUGUAGUUUUUAAUCUUUUACAACGACGUGAUGCUUGUUUUCAUGCUCAACUGAUAGCCACGAACCCUUACUUUCAAGCAUCUGCUCAGGAAAUUCAGUCAUUAAACAGUAACGAUAUUGAAAUGGCUCUCAACAAAAGUGCAAAAAAUACGUUUAACUCGACAUCCAAUGCAUCAAUACAUAAACUACUCAAUCAUAUUAAGACCAUCGGUGGCCGCGUUAUGGGUUCAACGUAUUCAAGAACAGCUUUGCGCACUCGUAUUCAUGCACUAAUCUAUAAUCAAGGUCUACCAAGCAUUUUUCUAACUUUGAAUCCGGCUGAUAUUCACAGUCCUGUCGCACUAUAUUUUGCAGGUGCCAAGCUUGAUUUAGACAACAUUCAAAUUGAGCAACUAAUGACUACUUAUAAAAGAGCCCAAAUUAUUGCUUCACAUCCUCUGGCUACUGCCAAGUUUUUCCAUACAUUGAUCACUAACAUAUUAGAUACUAUGAUAGUUGGUGGUGUUCUUGGACCUAUAAAAGCUUACUUUGGUACUGUUGAAAAUCAAGGCCGUGGCUCUCUUCAUCUACAUCUUCUUAUUUGGCUUGAUCAUGAUUUUAAGCCAUCUGAUUUGAAAGAAAAAAUUCAAAAUGUUGACUUUCGCGAAAAAUUAAAAGCAUAUUUAGAAGAUAUUAUCAAAGAAGAUUUAGAUGAAUUCAAAGGCAAGCGGACCUUUGAAAAUCCAGAUAGUAUUAAAAGUUUUAAUCCUUUUUCCACGUAA